AUGCAGGAUAAAUGCUGGCUGUACCGAAGCCGGAGGCGGUGUCUGUGUAACCGGGCAGGUGCCAGGGGCGGGAAGGCGGUGUCUCCUCCCCGCCUGCGGGGGCGGACGGCGGGGCUGGGCUGGGCCGGGCCGGGCCGGGCCUGGCUGUGCGGCCGCCACGGGAGCCGGGAUGGGGCCCGGGCGCUGGUGGCGGGCGGCGCUGCCCGCCCCGAGCGGUCCCGCGGCCGGGCUGACCGGCUGUGCCUCCCGCCAGGCCCCGCCUGCCGCAGCCUCUGCGCCGCCGCGGCGCCCGAGCUCUCCUACCAGCAGCUCAAAGACUUGAAGAAGGCCAACGUCCUUCACAUCGACGUGCGGGAGAGGUGGGAGAUCGACAGGUUUGGAAAAAUCCCCGAGUCCAUCAACAUACCGCUGGGUGAAUUAAUGGAAGCUCUGCAAAUGGACCCAACGGAGUUCAAGGAGCAGUAUAAUCAAAAAAUGCCAUCCAAGUCAGACCCUGUGGUUUUCUCCUGUUUGGCAGGAACAAGAAGUAAACAAGCACUUGGUUUUGCCACGUCCUUGGGUUUCAGCAGAGUUCAGCAGUAUGCUGGUGGCUUUGACGACUGGGUAAAACAUGAACCUCCAGAAAAGAAAUGAAGAUGACAGCCCCACCUGCAUGGACGUUCACCUUCAAACAGCCAUGCAUAUCAACUGCCUAGUUUAAAUUACACCCAAAGACUAUGACACAAACAGAGAACAUUAAAUUUGCUCAACUUUCAACCUUUACUUUGGGUUACGGUUUUGGUGAAUGCAUGUGAAGAGAACCUAAGUGCAGAUUAUGUUUACUUUUUUUGUAUGAUGUAGUUUAUGACUGUUUAAACUAAUCAUGAUAGGCCAAAUAAAAUUAUUAUUUCUCAAA